AUGUCCCACGAAGAAGACCUGAUCGAUUACUCCGACGAGGAGCUUCAGACCACCGUCCCCGCCCCUGCUGCCGCCCCCGCUGCAGCCAACGGCGAUGAUGACAAGAAGGGUGAUCUGACUGUUUCUGGUGGCCGCCCCGACAAGAAGGGCAGCUACGUUGGCAUUCACUCGACCGGUUUCCGCGACUUCCUGCUCAAGGGAGAGCUUCUUCGCGCCAUCACCGACUGCGGCUUCGAGCAUCCUUCGGAGGUUCAGCAAGUUUGCAUCCCGACCGCUAUCCUCAAUGUCGACGUCCUUUGUCAGGCCAAGUCCGGUCUCGGUAAGACCGCCGUCUUCGUCCUGACCACUCUGCACCAGCUGGAGCCCGUCCCCGGCGAGUGCUCCAUUCUCGUCAUGUGCCACACUCGUGAGCUGGCCUACCAGAUCAAGAACGAGUAUGCCCGUUUCUCAAAGUAUCUCCCCGAGGUCAAGACUGCCGUCUUCUACGGUGGUACUCCUAUCCAGAAGGAUAUCGAGACUCUGUCGAACAAAGAGAGCUACCCGAACAUCAUCGUGGCCACCCCCGGUCGUCUGAACGCUCUUGUCCGCGACAAGAAGCUGAGCUUGCGCAACGUCAAGGCCUUUGUUCUCGAUGAGUGUGAUAAGAUGCUCGAUCAGAUCGAUAUGCGCCGUGACGUCCAGGAAAUCUUCCGCGCUACCCCUGCCGACAAGCAGGUUAUGAUGUUCAGUGCCACCCUCUCCCAGGAGGUCCGCCCUAUCUGCAAGAAGUUCAUGCGCAACCCGCUCGAGGUGUACGUCGAUGACGAUACCAAGCUCACUCUGCACGGUCUUCAGCAGUAUUACAUCAAGCUUAGCGAACAGGAGAAGAACCGCAAGCUGAACGACUUGCUCGACAACCUGGAGUUCAACCAGGUUAUUAUCUUCGUGAAGAGCACCCAGCGUGCCAACGAGCUUGACAAGCUUCUGCGGGAGUGCAACUUCCCCUCCAUUGCUGUCCACUCCGGCGUCAGCCAAGAGGAGCGUAUCAAGCGCUACAAGGAGUUCAAGGAGUUCAACAAGCGCAUCUGUGUCGCCACUGAUGUCUUCGGUCGUGGUAUCGAUAUCGAGCGUAUCAACUUGGCUAUCAACUACGAUCUCCCCGCCGAUGCCGACUCCUACCUCCACCGCGUCGGUCGUGCCGGUCGUUUCGGUACCAAGGGUCUCUCUAUCUCCUUCGUGAGCAACGAGGAUGAUGAGAAGGUCCUGAAGGAGAUUGAGAAGCGCUUCGAGGUCGCUCUUCCUGAGUACCCCGAGGGUGGUGUCGACUCCUCCACCUAUAUGGCUUAA